AUGAAUCUACAAAAGAUAAUCCAGCUGAUAUUGCAAACAGAGGAACAACAGUUACAACUCUCCAAGAAAUGGAACAAUGAUGGAAUGGUCCAGAAUGGUGAAUUAAAAGAGAGAUGGCUGGCCUUCAUGGAACAGUUAACAAACCUUCAACUAGGACUGGUAUUAGAUCAGGAAGGCAUUAUCAGAUACAUUGGAAGACUCGAAGAUGCUCAGCUGUCAGAAGGAGCAAGAACUCCCACACGUCUUCCAGGAAAGAACCAUGUAAUGGGGCUAAUUAUUGAUUACAUCAAUAAAAAAUCAUUUCAUGUCGGAGUUUCCCAAACAUUGUCAUUGGUUAGUCAAGAAAACUGGAUUCCACAGGGAAGAUUCGAAGUAAAAAGAAUACUACAGAAAUGCACAGUUUGUAAGCGGUUUGAGGGUGGUCCUUACAAGAUGCCACAUAUGCCUCCACUACCAAUGCAACGUGUGAGUGAAUCGGCACCAUUUACAUACACAGGAGUGGAUUACAUCGGACCAGUCUUCAUUAAAACAGGAACUGGGAGUAAAAAGAAAUGGUUCUGUGUACUUACCUGUUUGAUAGUAAGGGCUAUACAUCUUGAACUCAUGCAGGAAACGUCCACUGAACAGUUUUUACUAGGACUAAGGAGAUUUAUUGCACGUUGGGGCAAGCCAAAACUAAUUAUCUCCGAUGAUAUGGUGCUCAAUUCAAACUUGCAAGCCUGGUGUUGGAAAAAAGUUGGGGAAAAGUCACUUCUGAUAAAGAUGUCCAAAAUUAUAUCGCAAAUGAAGAGAUUCAUUGGCAAUUUAUUGUGGAACUGGCACCAUGGAAGGGAUUUUAUGAACGUCUGGUUGGUGUUGUCAAAGGAUGCUUAA